AUGAUUAUCACACGAACAGUCGAACAAGAUAUACGAUCAGAGCAAAUGUUUUUAAUACCUGAUGCUAAAUUUCAAUGUGCCAAUACAACUUGUUUACCAUUCAUUAGCGUUAUUACAACAGACAUUAGGAAUUGUCAAUUUGCCUGUUUAAGCCAAAAUCAAUGCACAGCAGCAACUUUUCAUCGUUCAACUUCUAAUUGUGAAUUAUUUGAUAAUAUGUUGAACCAAAACGGAAAUAUGUUGGCUGAUGUCGAUGCUACUAGCAUCAAUGUUAUUAGUGGAACACGAUUUCCACCUGAAACGACUACAACAUCAACAACAUCAUCAACAACAACGGCAAUACCAAAAUGGAUAAUGACAGGAAACAUGCGUAUCGGACGAUCGCGUCACACAGUAUCUACAUUAGCAAAUGGAUCAGUAUUAGUUACUGGUGGCUACAGCGGUAGUUAUCUCAACAGUGCUGAGUUAUACAAUCCAUCAAUAGGCACUUGGACCACCACAGGAAACAUAAGUGCCGGACGAGAAUAUCACACAGUAUCCACAUUAGCAAAUGGAUUAGUAUUAGUUGCUGGUGGACAGAGCAGCGGUAGUACCUAUCUCAAUAGUGCUGAAUUGUACAAUCCAUCAACAGGCACUUGGGCAACUACAGCAAACAUGAGUAUCGCACGAGAAUGUCACACAGCAUCCAUAUUAGCAAAUGGAUUCGUAUUAGUUGCUGGUGGACAGAACAGUGGUGGUUAUCUUAAUAGUGCUGAGCUUUAUUAA